AUGCAGUACAAUGUGGUGCGGUUCGAUUUCCAGUGGUUCAAUGAACCAGGCCAGCGGUGGGCUUUCCGGAUUCUGUGCUCCAUCGUGAAGCAGUAUCUUCGAGAGCCGACGGCCGUCGAGAUCGCGGUCCGCGCUGUGACUGGACUCCGUUUGCUGGAAGGUUCUCCGCCGUUGAUUGCAUUGUGGGCCCUUUCUCAGAUGGAUAUUCCCAGGGCGUAUGCAUUGGAUUUAUCUGUCAAAGCAGUAUCUCCAAGAGCCAACGGCCGUCCAAAUCGCGGACCGCGUCGCACCUAUACUCUGUUCGCUGGAAGGUUCUCCAUCGGCGUGAGCCUUGGGCGUAUGCCAUGGAUGUAUGUAUCUGUCGGCCUGAUAACGGGGGCAGACCCGCCUGUCUCGCCAGCUGGUCUUGUUCAUCUCCGCCUUUGUCAGAUCCCGUGGGGGUUCAUUCUUCCUACGGGACUCGGUGGAGGCCCACUUCGCAUCCUGGCCAGACGAUUUCUCGCUGUUGACCUAGAAACAAUGUGGGCGAUGGAGGAUACAAAGCGUCGAGAGCCUCAGAACGGGUUUAUUGUGUCGCACCUGGCGUAUGUUCCCGCAGGAUGGGUCUUCCUUGCCGCUGAGGAUAUUGCCUUGUCGGUGAGCACAAUCCUUUAG